CUUGUCGCGAUUCUGAGGAGGAUGCGACUCAUUUACAUACGUCGUUCCGGCUGAGGAGGGGCGAGGCUGCUCGGUUCGCUACCAUCGGUGACAUAAGAUAAGCGGGUGACCCCUGCCAGCUGUCUCUCGACGUCGCCUAUACUAGUACAAGGCGUUCAAGAACCCUGCUAGUCCUCCGAGGUUGCUCCCUCGCGACCCUCAGGAGCAUGUCGUUCACUGCUUCGCCAUUGCAACCAUUCUCUAUUCACGAUACCCUUCUAGCCUGCGAAGGGGAGCGUGGCGAAGGCAGCUUGAACGACAAGCCACUACGCGUCCUCGCAUUGCGACACGACAACGCCACGUACGAACUGGUGGCGUACACUGGGCAGCCAUUCGUGGCUGUAAGCUACCCUUGGCCGGGAGCGGACACAUUCGAGCGCAUGGGAUCGAGCCGCACUUCUACUGUGGUACAUACACCCGGCGGUCCUGUCACGUCCAACCACUUCUCUCAAUUCAUCGCUCGUAACUGCCAGGCGUACAACGCUGGGUCCUCCCGCGAUGUCUGGAUUGACUAUCACUGCAUCAAUCAGGACGACACAGACGAGAAGAUGGCACAAGUGGCGAUUCUCCAACUCAUUUACGCACGAUCAGAUACCACGCUGAUCAUGCUCGAGGAUGUCGCUCUUAGCUCUGAAGAGAUGGCGAUUCUACUCAGCAACAAGGCAACUGACCAGAUAGCAACCAUGGUCCGCCGCAUUAUUGCCGCACGCUGGUUCACACGCGCAUGGUGCUCGCAGGAGCUCUUUCUGAGCCGACGGGCUGUCUUCUUCUUGCACAAUUCUUCUUCCCCUGGUGAAGCCCACCGCAUAGACUCAGACAUUCUCUGGCAGUGCGUGGAGAUCGCCCGGAGGCGCGACAGUUCCAUUCCUCUCUUCAGUCUGAGCCGAGGGAGUGUUCAGGAUCGUGCGGUGUCGAAAAAUACUUCAUGGGCACUACGCAUCGUUCACCCACUUGAAUGCAGCGACGGAUACGACAAGUUAUCACUCGUCUGCAACCUACUGCGCCACGUCUACCAAUUCAAGGCCCGUCCUACUGCUCUUCCUGCACGUGGGCACUCACUGCCAGGAUCUUUAGCACGCGUCGUGCAAUUGAACGUGCUGAAGAUGGUCAAUGUCAUGGCGAUUGCGCGCGGCGAGUAUUCGCUCCUCACCACAAACCAUGGCUCGGAUAACCCACUUCAUGGCUUGCUUGGCUUUGGAUGGGCGGGAGUGCCUAUUCACGGAGAUAAGUGCUCGGAUAAUUGGUUCCAGAAGGACUACGAAGUCGCGCGGGACCCUGACGUCGCUAUCGACGGCGGUUCCCUCCAUAUACGAGGCAUUCUCGUGGAGAUCAUACGAGAACACCACUGGAAGGUGGUGCGCGAUGGUGCCGGCCUCAGUGCUGCUGUCGACGGGAGGUCUUUGGAGUUCUGCCAGGAGUUCCCCACCAACGAGUCUUGGACGUGGUCGGCUGAACGAUUCCGCCUUCGCGACGUUAUGACGAUGCUAGCAGCCUUCGCGCACUCCGAUAGCACCUCAGCCGAAGUCUCCUUGCAGGCACGUAUCGUUCUUGCCUACGUCCUGGAGAGUCCCGGCGACUACCAGUUUCAGCCCGAGCCUGUUCCCGGAGACGUUGAAUCGCUCGUCCGAGAAAUUGUUGGAGAGGCAAUUGGUCGACUGCACUAUAUGGCCAGCGCGCUCCAAUUCAUCCACGACCCUGACGGGCAGAUGUCCUUCAGCACUAUCCUCCUCAGCGAGGGUAGCGUUCUACUCGUCAAGGGGAAUGCGCCACAGGGAUGCCUCGCCGGCCAGCUCUUGUUCCAACCCUUCGUUACACGUCCGAAACUGUUCUCUCCUCCGAUGGCGAUGACUGCAAAUUCCAUGGUCCUUGACAAGGGACCCCUCGUACGCCCGAAGGAGACAUAUCAGUGCAUUGGCUGCGUCCGAGGACUUGGGAUGUCGUUGGAAACAUCUUUUGCCGCUGAGCGCCGACUGCGGGUGGUUUGA